UAUGAUUUUCAGAUUGAAAUCUUGAAACGGUUGCAACGAGAAGCAUUUUCAGAUCUCAUGAAACUCAGGGACAGGCAAGACAAGGUGGAACGAGUGCUUUCCUUCUACAAGUCUUCAAAGGGAAGUCCAUUCCAAGAAUCUAGCACCCAUGUAAGGGGAGAGGUUGAUGUCUUGGGGGCCUUGUUAAUGAUGGAUAAUGUUGAUCAGGAGAGUUGCGAUGCCAUAAGUAGAGCCGGAAUGAGGACAGGUGUUCAUUCAAGGUUCACUUUUGAAACGACCAUUCGGCAAAAAGACACUCUAGUGACAGAGUUUGUGGUUAAUGGAACAGGCCAGGAUGACGUUUUAGGUAGUCCACUUUCACUAGCAAAAGUGUUUUAUGCUGCAAAUAUUAGUGACUGGUUCUCUGUGGUUGCAAUUCCAGUAGGAGCUCAUUGCCGAGAUGUUGCAGUUGCUGUAAAUUCUCCUUAUGAGAAGAAAAAGGCCCUUACCAACUAUUCAUCUUUGGGACCACCCCUGUUGAAUCAACAUAAUGGUAGUGCCGUUGGCGUAAUGGUGAGAAAAACAAAUGUUGUUGCUUCUUUGGCUCAGUUUGUCACUGGACUAGGAAUGCAUCCUGGUUCUGUUGGAUUCAUGCGAUGUUUCAACACUUUUGGGCAACUUGUCUGUCAACUUCCAAGAAAUACAAAACUCUCGCUUCUGGGCAUACACCAAGUGCCUAAAUUUUCAACUCAAAAUGUCAGGCUUGGAGCCCUAGCCAUGCCAGUAGGCAUUUUGAAACAUCGUCAAGUUCCUGAAACAUCCUCAGAGGCAUCUGCAGCCAUUGGGACACAGAUGGCAGAAAUUGUCUCAACAGGAUCUAUGGCUCUGAUGCUGGAAUCAGAGCUUGAUGAGAGUACUAGAAUUGGAGGUUGGCUUGAGAUGAAAAGAUCUAAUCCCAGAUAUCUACAGUGGGCUGUUUCAAUGUCUGAUACUCCUGAAGAUGAUUUUGGAUGGGGUUUGAGUUUGGGUGGGUUAAUCCAAGGUCCCAGAAGUUUGGACCAUUUUCAGGUCGAAGCCUUCCUGAACUUCAACUUUGGUAAGAGAUUCAGCUUGCAGCCCGCUCUAGUAUAUGUGAUGGAUGGGGCUACCAAAUUCCCUGCCCUCAUGCUUCAGUCUAGUUGGUCCCUGUAAUCACCCUUUCACAUUUCCCCUCUGUUGAAUGAUCACGUUGCCCAUUUCUUGGACGGGUUUUUCCUGUCACUGCAGGUUAGUACCUCGCAGAAUUUUUUGCCUACAAAUAUUGUAAUUUGGCUUUUAGAAGACUACAGAAUAGGGAAAAAUGAAGAACCUCUAGUUGGGUUAUAUAAAUAGCACAGCACUAAACUAUGCCACCGCUACCAAGGAAGCAGCCACAGGAACAUAUUUUUGAUUGUGUUGCCUUAAUCAAGUUUUUUAGGUUCAAUAUACAAUUGAAAAUCACUGCAUUACUAGAUAA